AAAUGGCAGAUCAAACCGGUUUCCAAACCCCUGUUCAAUUGAAUACAACACUGACACAGAUCGAAGACGCGCUCAACUCUGUGAAGGAACGAUCAGACCGGCUUCGCACAGAGCACCCUACGCUCGCCACCGUAGGUGGUAUCACUCUCAUGGUCGGGGGUAGCAUUGUCAUCAUUCCCGCUGUCGAGGCCGCGCUUCUGCUCGCAGCCGGCUUUGGUCCCCUGGGACCUAUCGCGGGUACGCUGGCACCCUGGCUGCAGUCUGUGUUCUGGGGCGCGCGCACCGGGGGGCUGUUCUCGGCGCUACAGGCGGCAGGCAUGACCAUCGUUGCGCCUUCCGCUGUCACAACCGCCUUUGCAAGCGUUGCUGCUGGAUUAGGCGCUUGGUUUGGUUUCAGGCGACCGUAGUCACCGUAAGCACGUAUACUAGCAUGUAUUCAGUGAUAUGGAUCACUCUGUAACACACAGCUUGUGCAGUGGUGAUGAGGCAAUAAA